AUACGAGUCCCGUGAACAAUUUAGACAAAAUGUGUGAUCAAAUAAGCGACGCCAUUUUGGAUGCACACCUGAAACAAGAUCCCGACGCUAAAGUAGCAUGCGGUAAGUUUCGCCAAGACGGAAUGAUACUUGUGGCGGGGAAAUUACGUACAAAAGCUGUAGUGGACUAUACAAAAAUUGUUCGAGAUACAGUAAAACACAUUGGCUACGACGAUUCUUCAAAAGGUUUUGACUACAAGCUGUGCAAUGUUCUGUUGGCGCUCGAUGCUCAAUCACCAAAUAUCGCGGCAGGCGUUCAUGAAAACCGUAGCGACGAGGAAGUGGGAGCAGGAGAUCAGGGUCUAAUGUUUGGAUAUGCGACCGAUGAAACCGAUGAAUGUAUGCCAUUAACAGUUGUAUUGGCGCACAAAUUGAAUCAGAAAAUCGCCGAGCUAAGACGAAGCGGAGAAUUAUGGUGGGCUCGUCCAGAUUCAAAAACACAGGUAACAUGCGAAUAUAUCAUGGACCAUGGAGCCUGUGUACCUAUAAGAGUUCAUACUGUUGUGGUGUCGCUGCAACAUAGCGAAAAAAUCGGUCUAGAUGAGCUACGUAAGGCGGUCAUGGAGAAAGUCAUCAAAGAAGUGAUACCAGCGAGAUAUUUAGAUGAAAGAACAGUCUUCCAUGUGAAUCCUUGCGGACUUUUUAUUAUCGGUGGACCACAGAGUGAUGCUGGUCUUACUGGACGAAAGAUCAUCGUAGAUACAUAUGGUGGUUGGGGAGCACAUGGUGGUGGUGCAUUUUCCGGUAAAGAUUUUACAAAAGUUGAUAGAUCGGCCGCAUAUGCCGCAAGAUGGGUUGCCAAAUCUCUUGUAAAAGCUGGACUUUGCAGACGUUGUCUUGUACAGGUGUCUUAUGCCAUUGGAGUGGCGGAGCCAUUAUCAAUCACAGUUUUCGAUUAUGGUACAUCUACGCGCUCUCAAAACGAACUCUUAGAUAUAGUGAACAAAAAUUUUGAUUUGCGACCCGGAAAAAUUGUCAAGGAGUUGAAUCUUCGCAAUCCUAUUUAUCAACAAACCAGUACAUACGGUCACUUCGGACGAGAUGGUUUCACAUGGGAGCAACCAAAAAAAUUGAUUCUCGAUUGAUGAGAGGAUGAAUUUUAAUUUGGUCUCUUGGCGUUUCUCGGUUUUAGAUAUCCGAUAGAACAUCUCUUUCUCUUUCUCUAACUCUCCUCCUCUCUAUCUUUCUCUCAGAGAAGUAAGCGUGUAUUACAAACAUUAAAAACAAAAAAGAAUAUCGUUUGAGGUACUUCGAUCUCCGUGCCGCAGCCACCAUCGAGACCAUAGAUUUUUCACGCCAAUACUUAGCAAUAGAGAAGACUAGGUAUGGGCAGUUCUCUUUCUAGUUCUGUUUUUGUGCCGUAAAAUACUGCAUUAUAAUAUAUAUAUAUAUAUACACACACACACACACAUAUAUAUGUGACGACAGGCAUAGUACAAAUCUCGUUCAUAACUUCUAUGUAUGAACACUCAUUUCUUUCUUCAUUCUUUUCGGUUCUUCGUGUGGUGGCAUUUCUUAACAAAACGGCACAACAAAUAUUUAGAUAUAACAUGCAUCACGUGAGGAAAAAAAGCGAACUGAGUUGACCAUGGAAACUCGUCCAAGUUUUCCAUGUCCAUAUACCCGAAAGCUUUUGUCAACUGAUAAUGCAAUCCUGUUUAGUAACAGCCAAUCAAUCAUUUUGUCGCUGAUGCAUGUUGAUGCUUUUUGCUUACAUAAAAAAGUAAGGGAAAAAGAAACUUCAUCAAUCAGUGACAAAUUUUCAUCUAAAAAAAAUUGUAUAAACAAGCGUUAUAUGAUAUAUGCGCGUAUGCGUGUUUACAGAUUUGGGAAAUGUAAUGUAUUGCAAUACAUUUACAUUGCAAUGUAAAUGUACUGCAAUUUCAUAGGUUUUUAAAUGUAUCAGUAGUAGUCCCUCGCCACGUACAUGGAAGUUCGAUACUUCAAUUUAAUUAGCUGAGUUUUAUAAUCGGAAUACGGAUACAUACCACAGAUUUACAUAAGUUUGUGUUUUAUUUCGCUAGUGACGCUUAUCGAAAUGUCAAUCGAUCUUUCGUGUACGUAUCUCCAUUAGAAUUAUUAAUCGUUGAGGAGAGAACUGUAAAUUGAUGAAAAUAACAUGUCCUCUCUUGGCAUGUACGUGUAGCAAAGAAGGAAAUGACGUUUGUGCGUUACGCGCAUUCGUGUCAGGUUUACGAGUUUUGCGAGUGAUAGCUGCGAUAUAAUACCGAGCCGGAUGCAUUAUCGGAUAGAUAAACCAUUGUUAAAUAUUUUAGGAUAUUUAAAGAUCAUUAGUCGAAUUGUGAACAGCUUCGUUAUGAAAUUAGACUUCAUCGUUUUAUAGUACGCGAAUACUACGGUGUAAUAUUCUUAACUAUGCAAACGUGUUUGUUCGUUCCACAAAGUGUACAGUCAUUUCCCCCUUUGCUAUUAUUUUAAUUAAAUAGAACAAUUGCGGCAGAUUAAAGAAAACGAAACCAUUGAAAAUUUAAUCCCGGUAGAGGUCCAGCACAGAUCGUGUGACGGAGCUCGAAAAUGUUGUAGAAUUUUUCAUUGUUUUUUUCGUACCGACUGUCCGACAUUGUCGGAUCUAAAGAAACAAAACAGUAAUGUAAAAAGAUUUUAGUCGCUCUUUGCCAGAAUUGAUGUGUGCGAUUUGUUAAUUAUAUCGGUAAUAUGUAAUAGUGCACAAUAUCGUGAAAGAAAAAAGACAAAAAAUAAAGCGGAUUUUUUAAUAAAAACAUUCCCUGUCGUUUUGUGUACUACCGCAUCAUUACAUAAGCAAGGCAUAUUUAAUCCUCGAUCUUCCUAUACGUUUUAGCGACACAUAAUCUGCACUUGACGGACCAAUAUUGCAUUUCUGUGAAGGUUUCCCCGACAAACGACAUGAGCUCUGUCGCACAAGACGCUGCGACUGGCUGUGUAGUUCGCGAGCGUAAUAGACAAUUUUUAUAUGCAUUUGCACGAUCACUCUUUAGUAUUCAACGAUAUAACAAAAUGUAUAAACAAUUGUAACAUGUAGAGUAAUCUCUAUAACCAAAUAGCUCUCAUAUUUCCACCUUGCCGUGCAUUUUUGUUACAUUAUAGCAAUACUUUUACAAUGUAAAGUACUAUAGAUAGCGCGUAUCCAGUAAAAUAAAUUUAAAUAAAACAUAGAAGAUACACAUCAA